GUAUUGCGAACGCUUCGAAAACAAAAAAAUAAGUGACAUCCCGUGCAGAAACGCAGCAAUCAUAAUAUACUCGGAAUUCAACAGCCUUUGCAGUAGUAGUCAUCGUCGUGUUCGUUGCAGCAGCAUCUAUGGUAUAAGCAGAGUGGCAGAAACGGGGGAAAAUGGUCGACCAGCGCGAGAAGCAUGCUACGAUCAUCGUAGUUGAUAUUCCGGUGCGAUUUGCCUUUCUCGUCUAGUGUGUGUGUUUGUGUACGUGUACGCCAGGAAAGCAGAAGAAUAAUAAGAUGAUGUAUGACCAGAGGGUUGAUGUUUUUUUACUUACUGAUUCUAUCAUUCAUUAAUGAUUGUAGAUUGCUGAUGAGCAAAGUGAGUGAGUAAAGUGAGAAAGAAAUCAUCGUUACCUACACUGAACUGUUCCAGUGUGCGCUGUGCAGUGUGGAGAAGAAAAAAAAAGCAGCAUAAAUUUUAAUAAAGAAGCGGAAGUCGCUUUUGUUGUGUGAAACGGGUGCAAAAAGUGUAGCUAUUUAGCCUAUUGUUCAUUGCGCGUGGUGCAGCCUGAGUGCAGUCAAAUCCGAAACAUUGCACCUUCUGUUUCUGUGUGUGUUUCCCGGUAGUGGUCAUAGUCCAUUCCGAGGUGAUCACUAAUGUUUCGCCGUCGACGGCGUCGUUGGUGUGCGAUCGUGUCCUAGGACGCAGCCCUAGUGUGUGCCAUAGAUACCGUAGUAGCCCCACGACGACGUGAGGCGAUUGCUGUUUAACCAUCCAUCCUGAUUUUCGGAUCGAAGCAGGCAGCGUUUUCGUCCCGCAAUUGUGCGUAUAACGCGGCCAUCAUGAACAAGCUGGAAUACUCCCGUCGCAAUGGCACCCAGAAGAUACGGAUCACAAUUUUUUGCGCACGCAACCUGGCUCGGAAAGAUAUAUUCCGACUACCAGAUCCAUUUGCGAAGAUCACCGUGGAAGGAACGCGCCAGGAGUACACGACCGAGAUCUGCAAGGCAUCGCUCGAUCCACUAUGGAACUCGCACUACGAUCUGUUCCUCGGCAAGAACGACAACAUCAUCAUCUCCAUCUACAACCAGCGGAAGAUGCACAAGCGUCAAGGCUUUCUGGGUUGCGUGCGGAUAGUAGCCUCCAGCAUCCAGCUGUUGCGUGACACGGGCUACCAACGGUUGGAGCUGGUGAAACGUUCCCAGGAUGAUCCGGAUCCGGUCAAGGGUCAAAUUAUCGUGUCGCUGAUGUCACGCGACAGCGUUACCGGCGGUACGCCACUGGCCAUCGUCGGGCCGGCCGGGGAUGUUCGCGUACCGGAUGAUGACGAUUCGGCCGAUGCGCUGAUCGAUGAUCCACAGCAUCAGCAUCAUCACCAUCAUCAUCACCAGCCACAGCAGCAACCGCAACCGCAACCGCAGCAGCAGCAACCUUUACCCCAGGGCUGGGAGGAGCGUUCGGCGUCGAACGGUCGGUCGUACUACGUGAACCACUACACCAAAACCACACAGUGGCUACGGCCGACGGAGCCGGCCGGCCCACAGCAGCAGUCACCGAAUGGAGUGGUUACAACGCAGACCAACGGUAUCGUGAAUGUAACUGGCGGUAGUCCGACCAGUGUGACCAAUGGGAGUGCCGAUGGUGGUCCCACCACGAUACCACCAGGCCCGUCCAAGUCGGCCACCAGCAACAGUAUCAACAGCAUACAAUCGAACGACUCCGGCAGUCGGCGGCACUCGACGGAAAUAUUGCUCAGCUCGAACAACAAGGAAAAUUGUAAUAACCAUGGGAAGGAGCGGCCCGGGAAGGACAUCGAAAGCGGUGGGGGAGUUGGUGGUGGUGGUGGUGGUCCAUUGAUAAAUGGCAGUGGGGGUAGUGGCGGUCCCGGUGGUGUUACCCCGACCGCCGUCGCGCACAAACAGCAGCGAAACGAUGCGAAAAGCCCAGUGCGAAUUCAGGACGAGUCGAUCCUGAUAACACCCGGCUCGUCCAAUGCAAGCCCGCUGAGUGAAAUCAACAGUCCGAUAGCGUCGUCCAAGCAGCAACAACAGGACAUCUCGCCCCGUACGGGAAACGGUGGAAGGGAAUCAACCAAUCCACCAGUCUCCGGCAUGACGAAUGCCAUCGGAUCCCUAUCGAUCGACUCACCCGUCUCCGUGCGCUCGCCGCCCGGAGUGAACGGCAUCGGAGCGGGUGGAAACACACCCAACGGACAUGUGAAUGGUUCCGGCGGGUAUGGCAGCCCGAACCACCAGCAGCAACGAAGCGGCGAACAUAAUAACGCUUCCGGCGGAGGACAAUCGCACCAAUCAAAGCCGACAGUGCCUUCGUAUUUGCCGCUGGCGGCGAGUAACAACAACAGCACCAGCAGCAGCAGCAACAACAACGGUGGGGGCAACAGCAACGUCAAUGGUGGUAACAGCGUGCACAAUGGUGGAAGUAAUCAUGCUGCCGCACCGGAUACUGUUGGCGGAGGAGGGGGAGGUGGCGGUGGUGGUGGAGGUGGAGGUGGGAGUCGGUCGCAUCAUGGCACGCCGGCAAGUGAGACCGGUGGCCAUCGAGAAUCGUCAGCAUCCCGUAAUCGGACCCGAUCGGCAAGGCACGGUGAAGAACCGUCCCGGCGUAGACCGUCCAGGGAUAGGCCUCCGCGGCCAGCGAUGGGUGGUAUGCCGGGACAUCACAACCAGAUCCGUCCAGGUGUACCCUUCGUACGUCCGGCAGUCGAUCUUCCACAUGGCUAUGAAAUUCGAACGACACAACAGGGCCAGGUCUAUUUCUACCACAUACCAACGAAGCAGUCCACCUGGCACGACCCACGGAUACCGCGCGACUUCGACACGCAAAACCUUACGACGGAAACGCUCGGCCCACUGCCACACGGUUGGGAGCAGCGGCGAACUGCAUCCGGGCGGGUGUACUUCGUCGAUCACAACAACCGCACGACCCAGUUCACGGACCCGCGCCUAAACAUGCACGUGCUGCAGAUGCUCCGGCGGCAGAACAGUGCCGGUGUGUCGCCCUCGGUCACCAACAACAACAACAACACACCCGUCAACAACGCCGCCGGUCGGGGCUGUUCGAUGGCUGCCCUAUCCGGGGCGGGACCGCAAGUACCAAAUGGUUCUUCGGCCGUUUCGAGCCGGCAAAUCGUGAUGGGAGUCGGUACGGACACCGCUCUCAGUGCUAUUUCCAAUGGAGACACCACCGCGGUCACUCAUUCACCGAGGGGUGGCGCAACGACUGUGGUUAACAACAUUCCCGAUCUACCGCAGGGCCUGAUGGAUAGUGCCGACCUUCUACCGAAGUAUCGGCGCGAUCUGGUUGGUAAAAUAAGGGCCUUGCGGGCAGAGUUGCAGCUACUGCAGCCCCAGUCCGGCCACUGUCGAUUGGAGGUGUCUCGAAAUGAAAUAUUCGAAGAGAGCUAUAGACUGAUCAUGAAGAUGCGUCCCAAAGAUAUGCGCAAACGGUUGAUGGUGAAGUUCAAGGGCGAGGAAGGGCUGGACUAUGGUGGUGUGGCCCGCGAGUGGUUGCAUCUGUUGUCACGUGAAAUGCUCAACCCACAGUACGGUCUGUUCCAGUACAGCCGGGAUGACCAUUACUUUUUGCAAAUCAACCCCGAUUCUGGCGUCAAUCCGGAGCACCUGUCGUACUUUCACUUUGUUGGCCGCAUCCUGGGCAUCGCAGUGUUUCACAAUCACGUGUUGGACGGUGGCUUCACGCUACCGUUCUACAAGCAGCUGCUGAACAAACCAAUCACACUGUCCGAUAUCGAAGACGUCGAUCCGGAGUUGCACCGUAGUUUGACGUGGAUUCUUGAGAACAACAUAUCGGGAGUGAUCGACUCGACGUUCAGUGUGGAAAACAACAGCUUCGGCGUGCUGAAGGUGCACGAACUGAAACCGAACGGUGCCUCUAUCUCGGUGACCGAGGAUAACAAGCGGGAGUACGUGAAGCUGUACGUAAACUAUCGGUUUAUGCGCGGCAUCGAACAACAGUUUUUAGCUCUCUCGAAAGGUUUCGGCGAAUUGAUCCUCAGCCAUCUGCUCCGUCCGUUCGACGAGCGAGAGCUAGAGCUGGUGAUCAGUGGCAUCAGUCAGAUCGAUGUGACCGAUUGGAAGGCAAACACGCGGUUGAAACAAUGCACCGCCGACACACCGCAGAUCGUAUGGUUCUGGCAGAUCGUUGAGUCCUACUCGCCGGAGAUGCGCGCUCAGCUACUACAGUUCGUGACCGGAUCGUGCCGGGUGCCAUUGCAAGGUUUCCGCGCCCUCCAGGGUUCGACGGGGGCGGUUGGACCGCGCCUUUUCACCAUCCAUCUGACGGCGGAUGUUCCGAUACAGAACCUACCGAAGGCGCAUACCUGCUUCAACCGGCUUGACCUACCGAUGUAUGACUCCUACCAGCUAAUGUACGACAAGUUGACGCAGGCCGUCGAGGAGACGUGCGGAUUCGCCGUAGAGUAGAGUUUGACAACACCGGUGCGGUGCGUUGAGGGCAGUUUUUUGGUUCAUGGAUUUUUUUCCAUUGCACCCCGCCAUCACGAGGGAAUCCAUCCUUCGCGAAACGUGUCAAUCGUUUUAUGCUGGUGGAUCUCCUCGUAGUUGAAUUUAAAAAGUGGGAAAAAGGAAAUUUUGAAUAAGAACUAAAGGAAAAAGUAAGAACUAAGAAUUUGUAAGAACGCAAGGAGCGAUAAAAGAUCAAUUUGGUUUUCUGGGGAGAAUCGAUGCAGAAAAGCCAGAAAGCUUUCACUUGAUACGGGUUAGUUCUUGUGAAUGGUUUCCUUUAUAAAAUGUGUCUGUUUAUUCCAUCGAUCGAAUCGCAUGGAUAAACACAUGGCAUCAACUGUCUGGGGGGAGAGAUGGGGAUGAGUUUUGCUUUUCACUACGAGCACCCCGAAGAGUUAUAUGUCUCCAAUUUAUCUUUCAAUGAAAUGAAUGCAGCGUGUGUGGUAUGGCGCAUCCCAGAUCGAACGAAACGGAUUGAAUUGUUUUCCUUUCGGCAACAAGCGCGGGGAAAAUAGCAAAUCGAUAUCUCUCGGUUCGUAUCUAAAGAAAGGAAAAUUAAUUUACCGUGCAGGUUGUGCCUCCCAUAUCUGUUAAACUAGCUUAGCUAUUGGACAGCUGGGAACAACCACUGGGUUGGCGAAGCUUGGAUUAUUCUUUUUCCGCCCUCGUCGAGGCUAAAGACAGUUUUUUAAAGUUGCUAUUUGAUGCUAAGCCAAGCGAUGCUUUCAAUAAUGCAACCAGGUU